GGAUUGGCGAGAGGCCUCCGCCGCGGCUCCUCCCCGCCGAGUUGGGGCCGAGCGAGGGAAGGGACGGAGGGAGACGGCGGCGAAGGUGGUAGCAGCGAACAGCGGCGGGAGACGAGAAGGAAGCGGAGGCCCAGAGGAGACCCGCCCGCUCAGCGUCGCCCCCUCGCCAGAAAUGCCCUUCAAAGGAUUGAGCAAAACAUCGAGGGUGCUGUGAUGUCUGAUACUGUGCAGAGGGGCUGCUCUCUGAAGCGGUUUUUAGGUGCCGAAGACCCGGUGGGCCACCGCGUGGGACGGGACAAGCUGAUGCAGGAGCCCUGGCAGUGGACGGAGAUGGAUUGGCUGUGACAGCCUGCCGCAGGUGGAGGUGGGCGAAGAGUUAUGAUGAAGAGUUCCUGCCGAGCUGGCCUCCACAGGGAACUGCUGAAUUCCACGUCCUCCGCAUUCCACCCGGUCAAAAGAAUAUCUGGCAUGCACUUAAAGCCAUAUCUCAAGUUCCAGAAGAAAGAGAGGUCCCUUGAAAUUAGCCCAGACCCGCCACGGAGCCCACCCAUGAGGCAAGAGAGGUUGGCGAACGAGGAAAAACCAAACGGCGCCCAGCCCAGCCUCUUGCCCACCCCGCCUCUUCGGAAGCCGCUGGAAAGCCUCUCUCCCAACACGUCGAUCUGCGGUAGGGACCGUGGCGAAAGCCCCGCGGAAGGGCCCGGCGUGAAGGAGAGGAGGGCCGCCCUGCCGGCCACCAUCCACCAGGGGGACGACGGCGAGGGGCCCCUGGACAUCUGGGCCGUCGUGAAGCCGGGGAACACCAAGGAGAAGAUCGCCUUCUUUGCGGGCCAGCAAUGCAGCAAGCACAGGGUCUCCUCCAUGAAGAACAAAAGCACGUGGGACAUCGACGGGCGGGCGACGAAGCGCAGGAAAAAGUCGCUGGAUCUCAAAAGGGCCAAGGUCCAGCUGGAAAGGAUGCGGGAGGCCAGCGGGAGGUGCUACCAGCCCGAGCCCUUUGCCUGCGGCAUCGAGCACUGCUCUGUACAUAAUGUGAACGACGGCGGGGAAGGUGGCUUCCCCAGCCGGCCGCUGUCGGUGGCCGAGAUGGUCGCUUUUCUGGAGCAAAGAGCGAGUGUCUUGCUGGUCGGCUGCGCCAAAAACUGCCCCGGUGCCUCGGCCGUGACCAGGUUGCCCAGGCCCCCGAAAGGGGCCUCCCCUGCUCCUGGACCCUUUCCCGCCUCGGGGGCCUGUGAGGCUCACUCUGAAAAGGCACCCUGUGGGUCGGGCGGGGGGGGCGGCAGCGACGGGGAGCAGCAAGGGGAGCCGGUGCGCGUGCUGGACAUGGUGGCCAAGCUGGAGUCGGAGUGCCUGCGGCGCCAGAGCGAACGUGAGGCCGGGAGCCUGUCCAGGAACAACAGCUUCCGGCGUAAUGUGGGGCGGGUGCUGCUGGCAAGCGGGGUGCCCCCCGAGAAUGAAGCCGGCAAGGAGGCCGCUGAGGCUCUCCACCGGGAAGAGCGGGGCGGGGAGGAGGAGGAGGAGGAGGAGGAGGCAUGGAGGUCCAAACGCGGCCCUUCGGAGGAGGGUCCGUCAGCGGCCCAGCCGGCUUCCUUUCCAGAGGGCCUUGCAGGGCCCGGAGGCCGUCACCUUGAGCCCGGAGAGUCUGUCGCGUCUGGCAAGUGUCCUGCUUCUCAAAAGAUCGCCAAGCCGCGCCACGCGGCGCCACGCCCUGAAGCUGCUCAGCCCUCCCCGCGUUCUUUGCAGAGCCAAAAUGCAGCUGUCGGUUGUACCCCGAAAGAGCCAGUAGCUCUUCCUAAUCUGAAUGCCAAUGUCAGAGCGAGGGAGUCCUUCAGUAUCAGCAUAUCUGUCGUCAAGACCGAGAAAGGUUACAGGGAAGCCCACCCUGCCGACUCCAGCUUUGGCCAAGACUCUCUUCCGGGGAGGCUGUUCUUGCUCUUGUCCGAGCGCGUGCCGCCAGGGGAGGCCCCCGCAGAAGAGCGCCAAGGGAAGGCAGCUUCCCCUGCAGGCGACUCAAGAAGCCACGCGGCUGGGGAGCCCCCGGGGCCUCCCUCGGAGAGCGCGUUGCAGACCCCCGACCCUUCGCAUCUCAAGAGGCAGCGGUCGCACGACUUUCUGGAGACCCGGUUUAAGAUCCAGCAGCUCCUGGAACCCCAGCAGUACCUGGCCUUCCUGCCCCACCACAUCAUCGUCAAGAUCUUUGGCUUGCUGCCCACCCGGAGCCUGGUGGCCCUCAAAUGCACUUGCGGCUACUUCAAAUUUAUCAUUGAGUACUACAACGUCCGGCCGGCGGACUCCCGUUGGGUACGCGACCCGCGCUACCGGGAAGACCCAUGCAAGCAGUGCAAGAAAAAGUACGCCAAGGGGGACGUCUCGCUCUGCCGGUGGCACCCCAAGCCCUAUUGCCAAGCGCUGCCGUACGGCCCGGGCUACUGGAUGUGCUGCCACCGAUCCCAGAAGACCGUUCCUGGCUGCAAGCUCGGCCUUCACGACAAUCAUUGGGUCCCUGCCUGCCACAGCUUCAACCGCGCGCUCCACAAGAAACCCAGAGAAGCCGAGGAGGAGUGUUAGCGCCUCUUUGGGAGCCUCGGUCCCCGGGUGGGAGGAGAAUUCCACGCCUUGUGAUGUUUACACUGUACAUAGUUUGUGGGUGGUUUUUCUUCCCCCCUCCCUCCUUCCACAGGGCUACGAAACUGCACAUACUUUGAAUCACAAAAGCCUUUUACCCGCCAGAGGAAAGAUUGCGCCAAUCCCGUCUCUGUGUACAUAGAACGCUCCCAAAUCUCCCUUGUGCCCGUAAAGAGUGUCUUCAGCUGGUCGACCAACGUUAAUCGCUACAACGCAGCAACCGAGAGAGCGUGUGUUGCGGCUACAGUCCCGUGUUUUAAAGUGUCUCCUUUUCAAAUCUGUAUAUCCUGUAUAAAAUAUACAUAUAUAUAUAUAUAUAUAUAAAUAUAAAUAUAUAUAAAUAUAUAUAUAUAUCUAUUAAAAGAUGUUUCUGAAGAGAAACUCUAAAUAGGUGCAAGAUCGAUCUUCAAGAAGAUGGUUUAACUGGACAACCUUAAAACUAGACUAGAACAAAUAUUUGUUAUAUCUUAGGGUGGCAACAAGCAAAAGAGGAAUAUGAUCAUAUAGCAAAGAGUAUAAAGAAAAGCCCUGGUCUACGGUGCCCACCUUAUCUGGUUUUUGUUUUUUUACUUAAAUAAAAUGUGCAUUCUAAA